UUGUUGCCGUUUGAUAAUCCACGGUGCGACGCCCACCCCCCAUUGGCGGUACAGAUUACCGGCAACACUGUCAACGGGAUUCAGGCUGCUUCUCUGUUGUUUUGCUUCAAUGUUACGAUGAAAACGAACGCGAUGCAUCUUGUUUAAGAGUUGAGACGCGCCGGUCAGAUGCAUGUGAUGGGCGGCCGAUUGUGAGCACAAAAUACUGAGAUAAAGCCAGGGACACGAUAACCAACUCAACCCGCCUGAAGCCAUGCGGGACGCGAGCCGCGAGGGAUUGGCCUGGGAGGACAACGGCCUGGGCCCGGAGCCGCGAUGGACGCGAGACCCUCACAUCCGGGCUGUCGAGCGCGUCUGUUGUCGACAUCUAGGCAUGUCCCUCCGUGACAUUAAGUCGGAGGAGGAAGAGGCGGGCGGUCCCGUUUCCUUCCAUAUAGAUGGCGCCUUCAACAAGCUUUAUCAGGUCAAAUCACCCCGGGGCCACUUCAUGAUGCGGGUAUCGUUGCCUGUCGACCCUCAAACCAAGACCCGUGGCGAGGCCGCAACCCUCCAGCUCGUCCGCCGCAAAACCGACAUCCCAGUGCCGGAGCUUGUGGCCUUUGACGACUCCCGAAGCAAUGAGAUUGGCUACGAGUGGCUCCUCAUGGGCAAGAUGCCCGGGGUGCCGGUCUACUAUCGCUGGCGGAAGAUGUCGAUGGCACAAAAGGAAGCCCUGACCAUCAGGACGGCCAACUUCCAAGCACAGCUGUUCCGGUGCGGCAACUUUGGGGAGGGCUUCAGGAGCAUCGGGACGCUAGGAACCAGCGCCAACUCGGACCACGGCGUCCCAGAGCCCGGGCCCAUCGUGUCAAGCUUCUUUUUCUCGGGGCAGCGAUACCAUUACCCGAUUCCGCGGGGACCCUUCAGCUCCAGCCACGACUGGAUCCGGGCCCAGCUGAAUAUCAUUAUCAAGGAGCACACCACUGCGCUCGGCGAGGCGAAAACCGAGCUCGACAAGGACUAUGCCGAGAGUGCGUUGCGGGUGGCUCGGAAGCUCCUGCGUAUGCUACACAAGAUUUUCCCUGCCAUCGUUCAUCCCCCCGAACGGACCGUCAUUUGGCACGACGACUUGUCGCUCCGGAACAUACUGGUGGACUCCAACGGUAGAGUCACGGCCGUCAUCGGGUGGGAAUGCGCCUCGGUAAUGCCGCGGUGGGUGGCCUCACAAGUCCCCGAGUUCCUGCGAGGCACCGUGAGGGAGGCCAAGCCCGACCGCAACUGCUACACAGACGUCAACAACGGGGGCAGCGAGGUAUCCGGCGGCGACGAUCCCGAUGACGGGCUCGACAACGAAGGAAAGACGGAGCUGUACUGGAUCCACCUAAUGGAGUACGAGCAGACCCAGCUUCGCAAGGUGUACGCGGCGCGCAUGCGGCAGCUCAGGCCGGACUGGGAUAUGGAGGUGGAGGAGGGCGCACUGAGGGUCGACUUCCUGAAUGCCGUGUCGCGAUGCGGUGCCGGGUUUUAUCUUCGACGCAUCGAGCAAUGGGUGGACGCGAUCGAGCGCAAGGAUUAUCUGCCCCUGAGGGAGGUGCUCAGGGUUGGCAUCAAGAAGGAAACUGGGGGCAGCGCGGGCUCGAAACCUACAACAGCAGGGACUUUUACUGUGAUAAGCAGAUUGUCAUGAGGAUCUAA